AUGGGCAGUGGGAGUUUCAAUUUUAAGUUUAGUCAAUGCUUUGGGGAUAAGGCAGAUAUCGUGGUGACGGAGGCGGAUAUCAUCACGUCUGUCGAGUACGACGCCUCGGGGGACUUCCUCGCGACGGGGGACAAAGGCGGGCGCGUCGUGCUCUUCGAGCGCAACAGGAGCAGUAAACACUGCGAGUACAAGUUUCUUACGGAGUUCCAGUCGCACGACGCAGAGUUUGACUACUUAAAGUCGUUGGAGAUAGAGGAGAAGAUUAACCAUAUUAAGUGGCUCAGGCCCAUACAGAGGUCGCAUUUCCUGCUCAGCACAAACGACAAGACUAUCAAGCUGUGGAAAAUCUACGAGAAGAAUAUAAAGCUCGUGAACUCUAAUAAUUUGGAGGAGAGACCCGGUGCCGGGGGUGCCGCGACGCAACGCCGCAGGAAUAAAGUGUUGUUGUCCAUGCAGAAUUUAAAGCUGCCGCAGAUGGCGCAGCACGAUAAGAUCAUUGCGGCGACCCCGAAGCGGGUCUACGCGAACGCGCACACGUACCACAUCAAUUCUAUAUCCCCCAACUCAGACCAAGAGACGUUUCUCAGCGCAGACGACUUGCGUAUCAACCUCUGGAAUUACGAUAAGCCGGACCAGAGCUUCAAUGUCGUCGACAUCAAACCUGCGAACAUGGAGGAACUUACAGAGGUCAUCACGAGCGCGUGCUUCCACCCAGUCGACUGUAACCACUUCAUGCAUUCCUCGUCAAAGGGCACGAUCAAGCUCUGCGACAUGCGGCAGAACGCACUGUGCGAUAACAGGGCAAUGACCUUCGAGGAGUACACCAACCCGAUAAACCACAACUUCUUCACGGAGAUCACGUCCUCGAUCUCGGACAUCAAGUUCAGCCCGAACGGCAGGUACAUCGCCGCGAGGGACUACCUGACGGUCAAGAUCUGGGACAUCAACAUGAACAGCAAGCCAGUCAAGACCAUAAACAUCCACGACCAAUUGAAGGACAGGCUCAGCGACACGUACGAGAACGACGCCAUCUUCGACAAGUUCGAGGUCAAUUUCAGUGGAGACAGCCGCAGCGUCAUGACGGGCUCUUACAACAACAACUUCAUGAUAUACCCGAACGUGAUAGCAGCGGGCGAUGGAGACCACCCGGUAGUGGAAACGUUCGAUGCCGCGAGCGCAUCCAGCAAGCAGAAGCAGGCGAAACCCGCGGUGCAGCAGGACGGGGACGAGACGACGGCGGAGCCCGAGGAGAUCGUUCUGCAGGCAGAUAAGACUGCGUUCCGGAACAAGCAGUUUGGGUCGAUCCAGCAGCGGUCCGCGCGCACGAAAGAGUGGGGGGACGACAUAGACUUCAAGAAGAGCAUACUGCAUUUCUCGUGGCACCCGCGGGAGAACAGCCUCGCCAUCGCGGCUACGAACAACCUGUUCAUAUUCUCCGCGCUGUGA